AUGCACAAGCUCUGUGUCAAUGGAGCUGAGGCCACAAGGGUAAUAGAGGAAGUUCAUGAGGGAAUCUGCGGUCCUCACAUGAGUGGUGUCAUGCUCGCUAGGAAGAUUUUACGGCAGGGGUUCAUUUUGGUGGUGAUAGAUUACUUUACCAAGUGGAUGGAAGUUGAGUCUUACAAGACUCUGACUGCGGUUCAAGUUGCUCAUUUUAUCAGAAAGAACGUUAUCUAUCGAUACAGUGUCCCACAAGCAUUUGUGUCAGAUAAUGGGACUCAUUUCAAAGGUAGGGUUUUGGAACUCUUCAAUGAAUUCAAGAUUCAGAUCCAUCAUUCAACAGUCUAUCGUCCACAAACGAAUGGAGCCGUCGAAGCAGCAAACAAGAAUGUCGAGACAAUUAUCAAAAAGUCUGCUGAAUCUACCAGGGAUUGGCACGAGCAACCACCGCUAGCGCUUUGGGGUAUCGAAUGUCAAUUCGAACAUUAA